CUUCUUUUCCUAUCACUAUUGCUGCAGCUUCCUUUUUAUGUGGGAAGACCAGAAAAACUUUCUUGUAAGCAGCAGAUCAGCCCUGAAGUCUACAGAGAUGGGGAUGUGGUUAUUGGAGGAUUUUCCCCCUUGUUCUCAGUUGAGGUGACCAGUUUCACAGGAUCUGAGCAUCCACAAAAAGCCUGUAACAAUUAUCAGUGGCUGUACAAAAACUACCAGCAAGAUUUGGUUUUGGUGUUUGCUGUAGAGGAGAUAAACCAGGACCUUCAUCUGCUCCCCAACAUUACCUUGGGAUUUCACCUCUAUAACACCUACCACAGUGAUGCUAGGACCUUGGAGAGCUCCCUGAGGCGGCUGUCAGGGCAAAACCAGACCAUCCCUAAUUACAACUGUAAGGAGCAGCACAAGUCUGUGGCUCUCAUUGGAGGAGCCACAUCUGCAUUGUCUGUCCAGAUGGAGACACUCCUGGCACUUUACAAGUUCCCCCAGAUCAUCUAUGGCCCAUUUGAUCCUAGCCUGAGUGAAAAAGUCUACUUUCCUUCUCUUUAUCAGAUGUCACCCCAGGACUCUUAUCUCCAUGUGGGGAUUUCCCAGCUGACAUUGCAUUUUAGCUGGAAUUGGGUGGGACUGAUUGCUCCAGAUGAUAUGAGAGGUGAGAAAUUCCUUAAUGACGUGAGAAGAGAGAUGGCCAGGAUCGAAGUCUGUGUGGCAUUCACAGAGAAGAUCCCUGUCAGUGAGAGACGCCAUGCUGAGGCACAUGAGAAUUCUGUGCCUAGGAUUAAAUCAUCAGCCGAACUGAUUGUGAUACAUGGUGAUGCAGAUUCACUAAUGAUCUUUAGAUGUUCAUUACCCAUUUUUCAUAUCACAGGGAAAUUAUGGGUCAUCACAUCUCACUUGGAUAUUACUAUAGGACCUAAAAACUAUCAGGGUUCUAUUUUUAAUGGAGCUUUAACAUUUUCAUAUCAGACAUUUGAGAUUCUUGGUUUCAAAACUUUUCUCAGGACAGUUAACCCUUCUAAACAUCCAGAGGAUUUUUUACUUAAGUCUUUCUGGCAUACAGCUUUCCAAUGCCAAGAUGGACCUACAGAACUGGACCCAGAGGAAUGUUCACCCAAUGCCUCUUUGGAGACUCUGCAUGUGCAGCAUUUUGACAUGGCCACAUCUGACCCAAGUUUCAUCAUCUACAAUGCUGUCUAUGCAGCAGCUUGGGCUCUCCAUGAAAUGCUCCUGAGCAGAUGGGAUCUAAGAAAGGUUUUAAAAGUCAGGUGCCUCAACCUUGGCAGCCUUCAACUCCACUCCUUCCUGAGGAAAGUCCAGUUCAACAACACUAUUGGUGACCAGGUAGCUUUGGAUGAGAGAAGAAACCCUGUGGCCAAAUACGACAUCAUGAACUACUUGACUUUGCCUAAUGAUGCUGAAUUUCUGGUGAAAGUAGGACAGUUUAUCCCCCAGGAUCCACCCAGUCAAGGCCUCACCAUCUCUGAUGAGAGCAUAAUAUGGGGCUGGUCUGUGAAAAAGACUCCCAAGGCUGUGUGCACUGAGAGCUGUGGGAUUGGAUUCAGGAAAACUGCUCAUGAAGGGGAGCCUGGCUGUUGCUUUGACUAUGUCUGGUGCUCAGAAGGAGAAAUUUCUAAUCAAAAGGAUGUGGACCAUUGUGUGAAGUGCCCAGUAUAUCAGUACCCAAAUGAAGAAAGGAAUCACAAACAAAACAAAGUAGUGACUUUUCUUGCCUAUGAAGACUUUUUGGGAAUCGCUCUGGCCUGCACAGCUAUUUUCUUCUCCUUCCUCACAGUUCUGGUAUUCCUGGUUUUUGUGAAGUUCUGGGACACUCCCAUAGUCAAAGCCAAUAACCAAGACCUCAGCUACAUUCUCCUCAUCUCCCUGACCCUCUGUUUCCUUUCUUCUCUGUUCUUCAUUGGGCGACCUACUAAUGUAACCUGUCUAUUUCAGCAAACAACAUUUAGGAUUGUGUUCACUGUGGCUGUUUCCUCCAUUUUGGCCAAAACCAUGACUGUGACUCUGGCCUUUAAGGCUACAAGACCAAGAAGCUGGAUUAGGAUACUGGCGCAGCCUAGGGUGUCCAAUUCUCUUCUCCUCAUAUGUUCUAUGAUCCAAAUGACAAUCUGUGGCAUUUAGCUGGGAAUGUCUCCCCCUUUCCCAGACACAGAUCCAUGCUCUGAACCUGGAUACAUCAUCACUGAGUGUAAAGAUGGCUCCACCUUUGCCUUCUACUGUGUCCUGGGCUACAUGGGUGUCCUGGCCUUGGGCAGCUUCAUGUUAUCUUUCCUUGCCAGAAACCUCCCUGACACCUUCAAUGAAGCCAACUUCAUCAGUUUCAGCAUGCUGGUGUUCUUCAGUGUCUGGAUCUCCUUCCUCCCCACAUACCAGAGCACCAAGGGGAAGGCCAUGGUGGCUGUGGAGAUCUUUGCCAUCUUGGCCUCCCGUGCUGGCUUAUUAGGCUGCAUCUUUAUCACCAAGUGCUAUGUGAUCCAUCUGAAGCCACACAGGAACACCCUGCAAUGGAUAAAGAAUAAAGGAGAUUCUGGAGCCAGGAAUAGAUCUUAA